UGCAUCUAUGUGUCUGCACAAAACCAAACUGUGCUUCACUCUCUCUCUCUUUCUCGCUGCCUCUCUGCCACUCACACACACACACUACAGGUGCUGCUCGUUCACAUCUUUCUCACACACGCACACACACAUCCAGGACACACAAACCCUACAGAGGAUCUUAGUUGGUUUCGUUUUUGGUGCUGUGGAGCUUGAUACUUUUGCCUUCAUGGAGGAUUACCACAAACCAGACCAGCAGACGGUGCAGGUGCUGAGGAACAUCGCCAACCGCCUCAGAAUCAACUCCAUCAAGGCAACAACUGCAGCGGGCAGCGGACACCCCACAUCAUGCUGCAGCGUGGCAGAAAUCAUGUCCGUGCUCUUCUUCCACACCAUGAAGUAUCGGCCAGACGACCCCAGGAACUUCAACAACGACCGCUUCAUCCUGUCCAAGGGUCACGCAGCUCCAGCCCUGUACUCCAUGUGGGUGGAAACAGGCUUCCUGAAGGAGAGCGAGCUGCUCAGCUUGUGCCAGAUUGACUCCACGCUGGAGGGCCACCCGACCCCUAAGCAGCAGUUCGUGGAUGUGACCAUCGGCUCCAUGGGGCAGGGCCUCGGUGUGGCCUGUGGAAUCGCUUACACUGGGAAAUACUUCGACAAGUCCAGUUACCGCGUGUACUGCCUGCUGGGUGACGGUGAGAUGUCUGAAGGAGCUGUCUGGGAGGCCAUGUCGUUUGCCUCCUACUACCAGCUUGACAACCUGGUGGCCAUCAUGGACAUCAAUCGUCUGGGCCAGAGCGAUUCUGCACCCCUGCAGCAUCACGUGGAAAAAUAUCAGAAACGUUGUGAAGCUUUUGGCUGGCAUGCAAUUAUUGUGGAUGGGCACAGUGUGGAGGAGCUCUGCAAGGCCCUGAGUCAGCCUCGCCAUCAGCCAACCGCCAUCAUUGCCAAAACGAUCAAGGGGAAAGGCAUCCCAGCUGCAGAGGAUAAACUUGGCUGGCAUGCAAAACCUCUGCCAAAGGACAUGGCAGAGAUGGUCAUGAAGGACCUGCAGAGCCGCAUCAUUAACAGCAGCAAGCACCUGUACCCACCCGCUCCCAUCGAGGACUCCCCUCCAGUCAGCCUGAGGAACAUCCGGAUGCCUAGUGCUCCCAGCUACAAGGCUGGAGAAAAGAUUGCAACACGGAAAGCCUACGGGAUGGCGUUGGCCAAGCUGGGCCGCUACAACGAGCGCGUUGUGGUCCUCGACGGCGACACCAACAACCUCACCUACUCAGAGAUCUUCAAGAACGAGCAUCCCAACCGCUUCGUGGAGUGUUACGUGGCCCAGCAGAACAUGGUCGGCGUCGCGAUGGGAUGCGCCGCCCGCGAGAGGAACGUGGUGUUCGCCAGCACCCUCGCCUCCUUCUUCACCCGCGCCUACGACCAGCUCCGCGCGGCGGCCGUCUCGGAGAGCAGCAUCAACCUGUGCGGCUCCCACUGCGGCCUGUCCACCGGAGAGGAAGGCCCCUCCCUCAUGGGUCUGGAGGACAUGGCCAUGUUCAGGGCCCUUCCCACAGCAACAAUCUUCUACCCCAGUGAUGGCGUCUCUACAGAGAAGGCUGUGGAACUGGCUGCAAGUGCAAGGGGCGUUUGCUACAUCCGCACAAGCCGCCAAGACAGCGCCAUCAUCUACAACAGCAACGAAGACUUCCACAUUGGACAAGCGAAGGUGGUUUAUCAGAACAAGGACGACCAGGUGACUGUGGUGGCAGCGGGGGUGACUUUGCACGAGGCUCUGGCUGCAGCUGAACAUCUAAAGAAAGAGAGGAUCUCCGUCAGGGUCGUUGACCCCUUCACCAUCAAACCGCUGGACGUUAAAACCAUCAUGGACCACACGCGUGCCACUCGCGGGCGCAUCCUCACUGUGGAAGACCACUACUAUGAAGGUGGCCUCGGGGAGGCAGUGUGCUCAGCAUUGGUCAAUGAGUCUGGCAUCAGUCUGCACCGUCUGGCUGUGUCCCACGUCCCCCGCAGCGGGAAACCACACGACCUGCUCAAGAUCCACGGGAUCGACCGCGACGCCAUCGCUCAGGCCGUCCGCAAGAUGCUCAGCAGCGCCACCAACGCCAAGUAACCUCCUCCCUGCCUCACCCGCCUACUGUAUGUGAUCACACCCCUGCAGCAUUUAAAUCUGCUCUUAAUUCACAUGACCCACCCACUUCUUAGCAUUCCUUCAGAGUGAAUGUACUUAGGUGUGUACUAAAGUAAUGUGAUUUUGUGCUGUACCCCUGAAAGUAGAGUUCCGCUUAUAUCUUUCUUUCAUGAACCCACUAGUUCACAAACAAACACAGAGACACACAAAACACACACGUCCUCAGUCCAAUCUCAUCUUUUUCCAUCAUCAAAGUCCAGCGAUCCAAACGUGGCCAUAACAUUUCUUCGGUGCAUGUUCACCAUACAUUUUUAACAUGUGAAGCUUUAUAUUGUGCUGAUGUAGUUGUCAUUACCGGGUGGGGCUUGGUUUUACAAUAGGUGUUUGCCACGAUAGAAGCCGAGUGGUCGUUUGUUAAAGGUAGUUGGGAAAAUAAUAAACAAAUGUAGGUCGGUCACACAGAGCAGUCAAGCAACACGACAUCUCACAACUCGAAACAUUUUGAGCUUUUCUGGUUUGAAACGUUGUAUUGUUCCUUUUCUCACAAGCCAAACAUCUCCGUGUUUGUGGGAGCCAUGGCAACGCUGUGAUGUAUGUAAUCAUGUGGUCCGUGACAUCGUGUCUUUUACAUGAUGCGUAGGGUUGCAGGUCCCUCCAGCGCUGAUGGAGAACAGGACUGGCUCUGAUUGAAGGUAGAGGUGCAUCCGGUGUGUAAACCCAGCAUCAAACACACUCUUUGUUUCUUUAAAUUUUGUAUGUUCCUUUACCUUCAUGUAAUAAUAAAGCUCUCUGCAUUUGA